AUGUUGAUUAACAAAGUAAUUCCAACACUACUUGUAUUUGCAUUUGCAAUUGGAUUACCUGUUAUUUAUAAUGAUGAAUCGCAUGUCAUGAGAGAGUCGGUAGAUGCCGCUAACCACUCGCAAUCAGAGAAUAGUACCGGUCUUUACAUUCAAACAUUUAUUGAUGAUAAUGAAGUUUCUCGUGAUGAUGUUUUACGAUGGGAGGCAAGACGUAUACAGGUUGUCAAGAAACGUCUUCAAGAAGGAUUGAUGUCACUGUUGAAGCAAGAAGCUAUGAACUUCUUGUUUAGUCCUGAGGUUUCUAUUGAUAAUAUCGUUGCUGAAAGGGAAGCUUUGGUUCAAACAAAAAUAGGCAUGAGUCAUGAUGAAAGAAUAAAAUUAGUUUCUUCGGAAACAGCCAUUGCGGGAGCUGUCACUCUGUUUCUUUUGAAAGCACUGUCGGGGUUUACAUCGAGUUCCAUUCACAUGAAGAGCAAUAGAGGAACGGCAGAAGGAUUCAGAAAGUGGUAUCUCUCCAAGAUUUCAGACGAAAAAGUGAUGCUUCAGGCUUGUCCUGACCAUUAUGCUCUCGGUACUGCUUUCAACUUGGGGCAAGAUGUCGUUGAAACCACGGGCGGGUCUGUUUUACCAUCACAUUUUGCUAUCAAUUAUGAAGCCCAAUCUGACUUACCCAUCGUUGAUGUUGAAAACUAUCCAGUUCAAUUUAAUGGUCCUGCUUAUGGUCAUGGUACGGAAACAGUGAUUGGAGGCACAAACCACGUAAUGCGGUCACUCCCAAAUAAUGGUGGAUUUGAGAUUGUGCCCAAGGUAUUCUUUCCAAGCAGUGUUCCAACUUACCUUUUGGAGCAACAUCGCUGGCAUUUGGCUACUGAAUGGGGAAACUGGAUUACAGCUUAUAUCAAUGAUAAAGUGGAUAAUGAAUAA